AUGAGUUCUGAGCAAACUCCACCUGAUAUCGCGGCUGCGGGAGACGUCCCGACACUGAAUAAGCCGGCCUCAAUAUUGACCCUUAUGAUCCUUUUCAAUGUACUGACUUGGAUCGCUGUUGCUCUACGUGUCUGGUCCCGGAUAAAACCAGUGAAAGCUCUAUACUGGGAUGAUCUAUUCGUAGUAUUGACAUCGAUAAGUACGACAAUAGGGACGGCGAAUGCCUGCGUCGAGGUCAGAUAUGGUCUUGGUCAGCACUGGAAAACGCUGUCGACUGAUGAAUGGGAACCCUAUCUCUUCUGGACUUGGCUCGCAAACCCGUUCCUCGCAUUAUCAUUGACCCUGGUCAAACUCUCCGUCCUGUUCCAAUAUAUGCGUCUCUGUUCUGGAAGCUCAUUUCGCGUAUUCCGCAACGUCUGUGUCGGUCUCAUGGUCGUUGUAAGUGCAUGGGGCAUUGCGUACAUCUGUCUAAUGAUCUUUGCGUGCGACCCAAUCAGGGCCUUCUGGACAGCUGAUGGCCCUAGAAAGUGCAUCUUCUUUGGUUCAGACAAUCCCGAUGAGAAGAUUCGGGCUUACCUAUCGCAUACUGCCUCGAACAUGGUCCUCGACGCCAUGAUAUUCUGCCUCCCUUUACAUAUAUUCUACAAAAUGCAGCUGGAGAAGAAGAGCAAGUGGGGUUUCGCAGGCAUUUUCCUCAGUGGUUCAAUUAUCGUUGUCAUCGCGAUUGUACGCUUUGCAAAUCUCCUCAAACACGAACUUGGCCUCACCAGUGCUCAUUUCGACGUGACGUACUAUGCCACUGCUGCGGUGGUACUAUCUGCCCUCGAAGCAGCAGUCGCUACCGUGGCGGCCAGUAUUCCGGUCUUCUGGCCGCUCGUAAUCUCGUUGAAAUCCAACGUAAUCCUGAUCAUCAGCGAAGUCAGCGUUACCCACGAGAAGCGAGCCGAUAGCACUACCGGCCUCCGAAAUAGCGAUUGGCAGCCCUUAGAAGACUUCAGCACGAAAGGCAAAGACGAAGAUCUCGAGAGUGUUCACAGCAAGAAAGACUACAAAGCCCCGCGUCCGUCUACGGGUGCCAUUCCACGAAAUCUCGUCUUUCCAGAGACCAAGCUGGAUGAUGAGCCCAGACUGAACCAAACGGAGACGACUGUUGUUGCUGGCGAUCUGAAACGCUAA